CCUUUCCCACCAAUAUUCUCUUCAAAAAACAAAAAUCUUCAUCAGUUAAUUGCUCCAGUUUUGUUCACAUUAAUCUCUACAACUUGGCCUGCUUCUUGAUUAUUACAAUGACCCAAAAAGUGUUAGCAAGCUAGCCACUGAUUCUGGUGCAACCUUGAACAGAAUGUAUGUUUUUUCUCUUUCUCUAUAGUAGUUUGUUAUAAGCACAAUAUUCAGCACCAUAGAAUGUAUGUCUCUUCCUCUCAACUACCUAUUCCUUCAACCAAUGUUCCUUUCACAACAUUUAAGCGCAUAAAGGCUCCAUCUACUAAAGUUUUCUCAUACAUUAACCAGUUUCCGCCAGAGCUUCAUUGUUACAUUAAUGACAUCAUUGAUGUUGUCCCGGAUGGAAAUUGUGGAUUUAGAGCUCUUGCUGCAUUACUAGGUCAAGAGGAACACAACUGGGCUCAGAUUCGAAUUGAUUUGGCUAAAGAGCUCCAAGAAUUUCAUCAUGAGUAUGUUGCAUUGUAUGGCUCCAUUGAACGUGUCAAUCAACUACUUGACUCACUCUACACCAUUCCUGGGAUGUUGGUGACACCGGAUAAAUGGAUGUCUCUUCCAGAUAUGGGAUAUCUUAUUGCUACAAAGUUUAAAUUGGUUUUUCUUGUACUAUCAAAUUGUGGAUGUAUAACAUUUUUCCCACUCAGAGGUCACACAUCACCUAUGCGCAAUCAUAAAAUUAUUGCUGUUGGACUUGUUAAUAGUUGUCACUUUGUGCAGGUUCACUUAAAGGAUGGUCACCCAAUACCCCCUAUUGCCUCGAAAUGGCACACUCAUUGUCAUGCACAUGCUCGUCAUUGGGAGUUACCAUAUUUGAAACGCAUACAACAAUUCAAAUGGCAAGUAGAAAGAAAACAAUUUAAGUCAAGAUGUAGACAUUACGAAUAAUUAAAUAUUUGUAAUUUAACAUUGUAUUUGUCCAAUGUAUAAUCUUUAUGUAUUCUUUU